GCAUAUAAAUAAGUAGCACAAGACCAUUUCUAAUUCCACAGACGCACACAACACAACACAACACAACUUGUUCUCUCAAACACAACAAUGGCCAAGGUUUACCCUCAGGAACCCUCAUCUCCUCAGUGUCUCACAUCUGAAAGAGAAACAUACACUCUAUGGUUGAAAUCACUUGUCUUCCACUCCAAUGGAUGCACAGUUUACGACUCAAAUGGUGACAUCGUUUAUCGAGUUGAUAACUACGACAGAAAGGGUAGAAGAGAAGUUAACCUCAUGGAUCUACGAGGCAAAGUUCUCUGCACCAUAAAGAAGAGAUUACUAGCUUUUGGAUGUUGGGAUGGCCACAGAUGCAUCAAUUCUAAUUUUGGUAGCCAGGAACAACCAUGGUUUCGAGUUAAAAGAUGCAAUCAAAUGAUCAAAGGGAAAGUAGCUUGCCAAAUUUCUGUGGGGUGUCAGAGGUACAACAUAGUAAAAACCAGUGGCAAAACAGAAGCAUUUAGAAUAGUGAACAUGGAUGGACAAAUAGUUGCCGAGGUAAUUAUCCAAUAUCCAUCUUUUACUAAUAUGAUUUUCCAAUCAUAUAAUCGAGUAAUUAAUUAAUUGAUUGAAUUUGUAACUUGGUAUUAAUGUUAAUUUUGAAAAUU